AUGCUAUCAUCUGCGAAUACGCGCAAAUUGUUAUUUGGGAAAAAAAGAAACUACUUAAUCAAAGAAAUUGAUGAAAUUCGUGAAGGUUUUGUAAGUAAUACAUUCCAAAGUUUACUGAAAGGAAAGCAUAUAAAACAGGAGGAUGAAAGUUGUGCAUUUACGAUAAUGUAUAAUAAUCAUAAAAAGGAGCUACAUCUUACAGCACCAGAUCAAGAAACGCGGGAUUUAUGGGUUAAAGGUUUAAAACAUUUAAUCGAACGCUACUCGAACAGUGGUCAAAGAAAUUUUAUCAACAGCGAUAUGUGA